AUGGCUUCAGCAAUAUCUUACAUCCUGUUCCUCUCGAUCUUCUCAUCAGCGUUUUCCCUGGGAGCAGAUCAUCAUCAACCAAGGCACUCCAACAUAAGCUUGGAUUCCUCUCUCCAACCCACCACCAACACUGCAUCAUGGCUCUCACCAAAUGGACGUUUCGCCUUCGGAUUCUACCCAGAAGGCUCUGGCUUCUUCAUUGGAAUAUGGCUUGUGGCAUCUCCUGAAAACUCCACUGUUGUAUGGACAGCAGACCGAGAUGAUCCACCGGUGACCAAAGAUGCUGUGUUGAAGCUAACUAAUGAAGGGCUCGAGCUCUUCCUACAACAGUCUGAAGGGAGACUCAUCUCCAACAUUUCCACAGGCACCGAUGCUUCCUCUGCUUCCAUGCUGGAUUCUGGGAACUUCGUCAUCUAUGACUCUAGCUUUAAUGUCAUAUGGGAAACCUUUGACUAUCCGACUGACACAAUCAUGGCGGGUCAGGUGCUGGCCGAUGGAUCUGAGCUCGUUUCCAGCGUAUCAGAAACCAACCACUCGAGUGGGAAGUUUCAGCUCAGCAUGCAGAGUGAUGGGAACCUCGUUCUGUAUCCUGUGGCAUCACCAGAUAGUCCAGAGGAUUCUUACUAUGCCUCCGGAACAGAUGGACAUGGCUACCAGAGCUUAAAUCUGGAUGAUAAAGGUUCGCUGUACCUGCUCAACGACAAUGUCACAUACAAUCUAACAAGCGGCUACAAUAGCGGGACAGUGCUGGUGCAUCGUGCAACGCUUGGUGUCGAUGGGAUCUUCCGGUUAUAUUCUCACGAUCUCGAGUUAAAUACAGAACAGGUAUUGAAGAAAUUCCCAGACGUAACAUAUCCGUGUGCGGUCAAGGGAACCUGUGGUGUGAACAGCUACUGCACUUCCGCAAAUGGACAAGUGGUAUGCUCUUGUUUGCCUGGUUUCGAUUAUCUUGAUGCUAACAGGGCAUCGAACGGAUGCAGAAGGAACUUCACGCCCUCUGGUUGCCACUCGAACGAUAAUAACACGACAUACAUGUCCACUCUGGACAGCGUAGCAUGGACGGAUGUUUCCUAUGCUGCACCACUGUCUGUGACAAGCGAUGAAGAUUGCAAGGAUGCAAGUUUGAAAGAUUGCAAUUGUGAUGCCGCUCUGUUUAAGUACAAUACGUGCAGCAAACAGGUGUUACCAUUGAGAUAUGGGAUCAGAGAUGACUCCACCACGACAUUCAUCAAGCUGGCUAACAGAAGCGCUGGAGGAAGGCCUGAAAUUAAUAGCCAUCCAGAAAGCCCUUUUGCAGCUCCCAUUAUUACUAUCAGGUAUCGAGCUGGAAGGUACAGAAGGUUGUGGAGAAAUAAAGAGCCAGCUCUGGUGGACGAAAUAGCACCCAGACCUUUUGUUGUGAUCCAG